CGCACACUUUAUUAGAUGUAAUUAUAAAUAGAUAGCUUGCAUGUUGUUGUGAAGCACCGCACUAAACUUUUAACUUAUGUUAGACCUUGUGGAAAUAUGAUUUACAUUCACCGGCCAUAUAUGAUAAUCCAGUUUCUUUUCUCGUAAGAUUAGCAUCCGCGCGCAAUGCCUCCUUCUAUGCAAAAGUUCAAAGAAUGUUACUAAAACUCUUGAGCCUGUUUUCACGAGGUGGCCACUGUCCAUUUGCUUUCAACCUUUCCACACAAGACAAACGCAACAGCCGGUCGCGCUUUAUUUAUAACAGGUGCACCGUCGAACAGCGCGUUUAUUAAAAAUCGGUAGGUAAUCUGCCGCGAUCAGCUUUUUACGCACGGGGAAAAGACCGGAUUAGAUCCGCAUUGAGAUUUUUUUUUAUUCAGCAGCUACUCUAGCUAUUUUGCCAAGACUUCUCCGCUGCCCCGUACACUUUUGAUGAAGCACCACCUCCUGCGUGCCUGAUCCGCCGCCGCCGAACAACCGAGGCCGAAAAUUACCCCCGAUCAUAACAACAGGUCUUUUGCGUUUUUUUUUUUUUUUUUUUUUGCCUCUCCGGACAAUAGGCGACCUUCGCGCUUUUCACAAGACACCGAUCCCAUGACGACGCAGAAGCGGCGUUAGAGGGGAAAAAAAGGAGGUGUGAAAACUUUUUUUUUUUUUUUUUCUCGACAAAAGGGUUAAACGCAGAGAAAACGGAGCCCGGGCGAGGCGCGUGAAACUCGCGAGCUUCAACUUCGCACUGACCGCCGUUUCGGACGUUUUUGUUGCGGAGCUUCUUCGCGCGCUCUCUGUAACGGACCGCCAGACUGAGCUCGCGUCGCAUUUUAUUUUUAUUUUUUUUGCGUGAAAGGCCAUUGUUGCGGUAAGCUGCUAAGAGCUCGCUCGCCGGUUUUCCACAGCUGUAAUAUAAAGAAAGGUUACUUUGCUUCGAUGUAACUUCGAGAUUGCAGUUAAAAGUACAAUAACCUUUGCAUAACAAAAACAUUUUUUUUCAUCCGCUGCCUGAGGCUCGGCGCAUGCGCGCUCUCUGUUUGCUGUCACUAAAACAUUUUUCUUCGCAUUGGAAACUGUCACGAGUGACGUCAAUCACGGAGCUCUGACCAAUUAGAGCGCUCGGUGAUUGUUUGGCUCCACGGGCUGCAGCGCCUACCAUGAAUCUCUAUUCAGUAUAUCAAAGCGUCCUGCUGCUGCCUCUCAACCGAAUGGGAUUCCACGUAGGCACUGAGAUAGCGACUAAACUUUAGGGGAAGUUUAAUUUUUUUUUCCGUCUUCUGUAUUCUUCAAAGCGAUUAAAAUAUAUUUGUCAUCAUCAUUAUUAUUAUUUUGCCUGCUGUCAAGUUAUUCUAAAAUUAGGAGUAAUGAGCGUGGAUGCUUUGGGAAGCCCUGUGAUGGACCCCGCGUUUUCCAAACGGAACACGACGCUGAGAUUAGUUGACUUGGCAGGGGCUCACCACCAUCACCAUCAUCACCACCAUACCCCUCAGAGCGUGACAGGCUUCCCGGGGUUCAGCAGCCAUCCACACUCAAUGGCUCACUCGCACCCUGGGGAGAUGACUGCGGAACCCCGCCUGGGGCCGAGUCCAUUCGGGCCAGAACACAUGGGGCACUCCGCGGCCCUCAAAAUCAGCCCAACCCAUCAUUAUCCCCACCACCAUCACCACCACAAUCAUCAUAUUGCAGGCCACAGUGAAGUGGUCUCCAGUCAAACGGGAGCUUUUGGCCCGGUGCAGGCGGCAACGGUCCCGUACUCUAUGUCUCACACGGCCCAGGCGCUAUCCGCAGGUAGGGACUUCCUCAUUCGCCGAGAUUUGACAGCUCAAGCCAUGCCCGUGCUGACCGAUCAGACUUCUGGUUCAGCCUCUCACCACGGAAUGUUUGUCUCAACAACAGGUAGCUAUCCGGGACACUAUGGUCAUCACCCCGACCCUGGGAACCAUACGCUCUUCCCUGGACUUCAUCACGAGCAACCGUCUACCGGAGCACCAGGUGGCCAAGCCUUGAACGGACAAAUAAGGUUAGGAAUACCUGCCGAAAUGUACGUUCGGUCUGAUCAUUUGAGUCAAGUAGCGAGCUCCAGGGCAGACCCGUUCGCCGCUUCUCCUCUGCACGGAUACGGCGGGCUCAACCUGAACAUGAAUCUCAGCGCGCACCACCACCACCACCACCACCACGGAGCCGGCGCUUUUUUCCGAUACAUGAGGCAGCCGAUCAAGCAAGAGCUCAUCUGCAAGUGGCUGGAGCCGGAGCACUCGGCGAAAAAACUUUGCUCCAAAACUUACAGCACCAUGCACGAGCUGGUGACGCAUGUGACCGUGGAGCACGUCGGAGGACCGGAACAAGCGAACCACAUCUGUUUUUGGGAAGAGUGUCCGCGAGAGGGAAAGCCGUUCAAAGCGAAGUACAAACUCGUGAAUCACAUCAGAGUGCACACCGGAGAGAAACCGUUCCCGUGUCCGUUCCCCGGCUGUGGAAAAGUAUUUGCCAGAUCGGAAAACUUGAAAAUACACAAGAGGACGCACACAGGUGAAAAGCCUUUCAAAUGCGAGUUCGACGGCUGCGACAGACGGUUCGCCAACAGCAGCGACCGGAAAAAGCACUCCCACGUACACACCAGCGACAAGCCGUACAACUGCAAAGUCAGAGGUUGUGACAAAUCGUACACGCAUCCCAGCUCUCUGAGAAAACACAUGAAGGUGCACUGCAAGUCUCCACCUCCGAGUUCGGGUUACGAAUCGUCGACUCCGUCCCUCGUGUCUCCUUCAUCGGACUUGGGACGAGAGCCAGCUCCCUCCGCGCUCUCCGAGCCCCUCUCGUCGUCGUCCCAGCCGGCCAAUUUAAGCGAAUGGUACGUGUGUCACAGCUCGGGAGCCAGCGGCCCUCAGACCCCACCCAGCGGCUCAUCCACGCCGGGCCAUACGGAGGGGCCAACGUACGGCAAUCCCGAACGGAGGGACGCCUUCUAGCAAAAUGUAACGUCCUUUUGGCAAAGUGACUAAAAAUGACAUCUUAUCUCGUUUGGACGGUCCGCUUCGGACGCCUGUGGAACUCGGUUCUAGAGUAGGCUUGUUCACUUUUUACUGCCUUACUGAAGGAUGCACUGGCCCUUUGACAGCUAAUGUCACUGCCCCCAACCACCAAUCGAUAUAAAACACGUCCCGAGUGUCUAUGUUUCCCAAUAGUGUACCUCACCGUACGCAUGUCACUGUAUUAUUUUUGUAAAUCCCGCUUUGAUUUCAAUAUCUUUUUAAUUUAUUUUUCAAUCGGUAAAGAAUUUCCUUUUUUGUAUCAUUGAACCAAAGUGCUUAAUUAUUAAACCUGUACAGCUGUAAAUGACGACGUUUUAAUGUCCACGUGUGAACAGUAAUUUUUUUGUAAGGUUUUGUCUUUCGGCGAUUUUUAAAUGUUUGCUACUAUACUUUGUACAAAAUUAAUAUUCGGAUUUCAUAACGACGCAGACUCUUUCCUCUUUUUGCGCUUUCGCCAGCCAAGCCGAUUCGACGGAAACAGCGUUAUUGUAUUUGAUAUGACGGUUCAUUUAUGAUUGGUCAUUAAUCAAUGUGGUUAUUUUGUGAUUUUGUAAAACCUGUCAGCAAUCCGUUUUUAUGAAAAAAUAUGAAUUAUCAGAAGAGACCUUAAAAUGUGUACCGAAAUGCCUUGUAAGUUGUCAGUAUUUUGAAUAAACUGUGUAUGAUGCAAAGCUAAAA